AUGAUAGCCGGACUCCCAGCUGACACGGCGAGUUACAUGGAAGCGGAGAUACAGGCACAGACGGGCCAAUCCCCAGUCAGCUGUAGAUCCUCAAGACACAGAGCCAACCCCUAUAAUGGCAUUAUCAUAUGGGUAGUAUUUUUUUUCGAACUAGUCUGUGGUUUCAGGUUCUUCAACGCUAGUGAACUGGUACAAGAGAUCAAGGCGAAGCCCAUUAUAACUCGACUCAUCUGCUGUGCCAACUGUGGUGUUCAAAAGGAUAUAUACGAAGGCCUACAAGGGCUCAACUGCGUAGCGAAAGCAAGGUAUGCUAACUGCUUCGGACCAUUUGCGGCAGGAUACCAGAACUGUUCAGCGGCACCAAAGGUGGUAGAAGGUCGAGUUAUAGUACUCACCGGACCCCAACUCAAAGCUAUCCGAAAGCCAGCCCUGGCAUUGGAAGCGGCGAUGCUUUCUAAUCAGAAAACAAAAGAGAUCCCAAAAGAAGGAACCACCCUAGCCUUACCUGUAACCCAAACUCAACCCCACCCGACACUAAAACGUCUGGAAGUACAAAUAAUCAUGUCCGAAAUAGCGAAAGCAGUCGAAACCGCUUCAGCGAAUAGAUUCAAAAGGAACAUGGCGGUAGCAAGCCGAUUAAAACGGAAACCCUCUGUAAACACAAACCUUAACGAGGAAACCCUUACCAAUAGUCAUGGCUUGGAUUAUUCUACCCUGGUAAUAAUUAUACCAGACAAAGGAUUCAAACCUCUCGAUCAAUACAACAUCCGUGUCCCAGAAACGGAACUACCGAAACUGGCAGGAUUAGUGGUUAACGGAGUGGUACACAUAUCCCCAAGUAACCCCCUUGACUCUCUACAAAGGAUAGAUCACUUCGCAGAACAACUUACUCAAGUAAUUAUACAAAUAAUCGAAGCAACAGGAACCAAGGACAGAGGAAAAGGCAAAGCAACACCUUGCCAUUUCCCAAAAACUUGGAAACUGGCUGAAGUAGCUAUGAUGCCCAAAACUGGCAAAAGAGAUAUGAUAUCUGCAAGGUUAUGGAGACCUAUUGCCUUACUUUCUUGUAUAGGAAAGAACCUGGAAAGAAUAGUCGCCAAACGAAUAGGCUGGACAGCCCUAAAACACGGCAUUAUCAGUCCUCAACAUAGCAGAGCCCUAUCCAAACGCUUUGUAAUGGAUCUGAUGGCAUCCUUUAUACACGAUGUGGAAAUGGCACUGUUAGCAGGAAAAGAGGUAACCAUGGUCACUAUGGACAUAUGUCCAGAACGUUAUAGAGUAGGGAUUGAACAAUCACAUUGCCUUCAUCCCAGAGAAACUGGAAAUGAUCUAUAUCUUUACAAGAAAUGGCAAUAUAAUAUCUGUUAUCAGAGUGAACGAAGAACUCACGAUUCACCUGAUAGUGGCUACGGAAGCAAACACCUGUUCAGCGCUGAGAUGGCUGGGAGUGUGGGUAGUGGCAAGGUAUAUACAAGGCCUAGUCAAGGUUGUGCAAAGCCCCCCGGUAUAAUCGAUAUGCAAGGCAAUGACAAUAUGUGUACUACCCUCGCUCCUAUAUGGAACAGAGGCCUGGUACAGAGGAAGGUUCAAGACUGUGCGAAGACCCAAACUCGGAAAAACACAGUCCAGUGCCCGCCUAGGCUGGUAUAUGACACAAAUCGAGAAAGUCCUUGCAAUAGUGAUACGAGGAGUUAUACCGGUCUGGAAAACCAUGUCAAUAGCAGCCCUCUAUUGCGAAGCAGGACUCCCCUCAGCUAUGGCAGCCCUCGAGGAAGCCAAACUGAGGUUUGCCCUACGUCUCCAAAACGUAGACGAAAAUCACCCACUCACAAAAAGGAUCGAACCCUCUAUGAUCAUCAAAGAUCGAGGGAUGGGCACAAGACAAAGAGUGAAGACCAAAAUCCAAAGAUUUGGUCUCCUUGUCCCCCCAAUCCCGAGGUCUACACUGAAGCUAUCACGAUAUUGGCAGGCUUUGGAUCUAUCAAUACCCAAUCCCAUAUCUUCAACGCGAAGGCUAUUGGAGUAUGGACAGGCCUGGAACAUAUCCUCAAAGAUACCAGAAUUAUGGAGAAGUAUGAUAUACAUAUCAAGUGGUCACCAGAAUAUGAAAACAUUGAGGGAAACGAGAUGGCUAACCACCUCGCAGACCUUGAUACUAAGAAAGCCCGAUGGGAUACCGGACCAGCCUCGCAGCCCAUUUACAAUAGAAUUCGAUCGAUUAUACAAAACCUCAGAGAAGACACCUGCCAACAAUAG